AUGUCGGGCAGCAAUAUCGCGCUCGGGUCCUUCUCUCUGAUGAACAAUAUCACCGAAAUCUCUCCACAAGAUGAGAUCUACCGAUUCGACGCAGAGGCGGACAAGAAAAUCAAUAGAGAGGCGCCAUGGGCAAAAGAUCCUCAUUAUUUCAAAUCAUGCAAAAUCUCAGCAAUUGCCCUGAUCAAGAUGGUGAUCCAUGCACGGUCAGGAGUGCCUUACGAGAUUAUGGGUCUAAUGCAAGGGAAGGUGGUGGGGAACUCGUUGGUCAUCAUGGAUUCUUUCGCACUACCAGUGCAGGGAACGGAGACGCGUGUUAAUGCUGCGAAUGAGGCGAACGAGUACAUGGUGGAGUACAUCAGCAAGAGCGAGAAAGCUGGCAGGCUGGAGAACGCGAUCGGAUGGUAUCACUCGCACCCUGGUUAUGGAUGUUGGCUAUCGGGUAUCGACGUAAACACGCAAAUCAACAACCAAAAGUUCCAAGAUCCAUUUGUCGCGGUUGUCAUUGACCCCAAUCGCACCAUCUCUGCUGGCAAGGUCGACAUUGGCGCCUUCCGGACGUAUCCUGAAAACUACACUCCUCCAAACGUUUCUCAGUCGGAGUACCAGUCAAUACCGCUGAACAAGAUCGAAGAUUUUGGUGUGCACGCGAAUCAGUACUACCAGCUGGAUGUAGAGAUUUUCAAAUCCAGCCUAGACAACGACCUCCUCGCGAUGCUAUGGAACAAAUAUUGGGUGAAUACGUUGAGUCAAAGCCCUCUCGUUUCGAAUCGAGCAUAUGCAGUCUCACAGCUGUCAGACUUACACCAGAAACUGUCAAAGGCUCAAAGCUCUGUUGCGCAAACGAGAGCGUCUGCACCAACAUUGAAGGAAAAGGAGGGCGCCGCUGGCAAGCAAAAAGAAAAGGAAGAGAAGAAGAAAGAGGACAACCAGCUGACGAAAAGCGUGAAAGACAGCACGAAGAUCGCGGUAGAAGCACAACAUGGCCUCAUUGCUCAAGUCAUCAAAGACGUUAUUUUCUCGAUGCGUCUGAACACGGCCGAAUCUGCAGCGGCGCAAGUAGAAGAGGUCACGGACAUGGCUAUUGGCUGA